AUGCCAAAAAAAUUUAAAGUUAAAGGUGUUGAUCGAUCUGAGUUUCACAUUAUUCAUUAUCUCAGUAAUCCUGAUUAUAAAUUAAGAAUGUUGACAUGUAACCAUCCAGUUCCUCCGGAUCGGUACAACGAUGGGGUAGAGGAGCAUCUACGAGUUACCGGUUUCUAUCAUGUAUCUCAGAUUGGGAUAGUGCAGUGUCAGAAAGCAUUGGUAAAUGUUCUAGUCGAACGUUGGCACCCAGACACACAUACGUUCCACCUUCCCAUUGGUGAAUGUUCCGUGACUCUUGAAGAUGUGGCUCUAAUUCUUGGUCUUCCCACAGAUGGUCUUCCAGUUACAGGAAUGACAAUGAGUAGUUUCGAAGCCAUGGAGGCGGAGUGUUUGCUUCAAUUUGGCGUUGCACCGCGUAAGGAGGAGUGUAGAUCUAGCUGCAUAAAACUGACCUGGCUGCGGAAUCUAAAAGAGAAUUUAGAAUUGACCGAUGAAAUCAGUAUACAAAGGUGGCGUAACUGGGAGCGUGGUGACCGACGAUAUAGAUAUUUGAAGCUAGCUCACUUUAGGAAGGCCUUUGAUGAACUUCAGGAAGGCCAGAUGCGUUUUGAUUAA